UGCGAUCCUGGAUAGUCCUGUGAUUGAGAUGGAGACCCCCGAGGAGUCUGCACGGGCGCUAUUGCUCACCGCGGCGUCCAGGCCUCGGAAGAAACGUGCCGAGGGAGAGCCCGGAGCUGCAAUUGCGACAGGCAAGCAGCGGGUUCUGGAUGAGGAAGAGUAUAUCGAGGGCCUCCAGACAGUCAUCCAGAGGGACUUCUUUCCUGAUGUGGAGAAGUUGCAAGCACAGAAGGAUUAUCUAGAGGCUGAGGAGAAUGGAGACCUGGAACGAAUGCGGCAAAUUGCCAUUAAGUUUGGCUCUUCCCUGGGCAAGAUGUCACGAGAGCCUCCGCCACCCUAUGUGACUCCAGCCACAUUUGAAACCCCUGAGGUGCACACAGGCUCAGGAGUGGUAGGCAGCAAGCCUCGUCCCCAGGGCCGAGGGCUGGAGGAAGGUGAGGGAGAAGCUGCAGAGGAGGAGAAGGAGCCUCUCCCCAGCCUAGAUGUCUUCCUGAGCCGGUAUACAAGCGAGGACAAUGCCUCCUUCCAGGAGAUCAUGGAAGUGGCCAAAGAGAAGAGCCGCGCUCGCCAUGCCUGGCUCUACCAAGCUGAAGAGGAGUUUGAGAAGAGGCAGAAAGAUAAUCUCGCACGCCCAUCUGCAGAGCACCAAGCCAUUAAGAGCAGCCAGGCUGGUGUGGAGACCUGGAAGUAUAAGGCCAAGAACUCCCUUAUGUACUACCCAGAGGGUGUCCCUGAUGAAGAGCAGCUCUUUAAAAAACCCCGGCAGGUGGUGCAUAAGAAUACUCGCUUCCUCAGGGACCCUUUCAGCCAAGCUCUGAGCAGGUCACAGCUACAGCAGGCUGCUGCCCUCAAUGCGCAGCAUAAACAGGGCAAGGUGGGCCCUGAUGGCAAGGAGCUGAUACCACAAGAGUCCCCUCGAGUGGGUGGAUUUGGAUUUGUUGCCACCCCUUCUCCUGCUCCUGGUGUCAGUGAAUCUCCUCUUAUGACCUGGGGGGAGGUCGAAAACACACCCUUGAGAGUGGAAGGAUCGGAAACCCCCUACGUGGAUAGGACACCAGGGCCAGCUUUUAAGAUCUUGGAGCCGGGCCGCAGGGAGCGGCUGGGGUUGAAGAUGGCUAAUGAGGCUGCUGCCAAGAACCGGGCCAAGAAGCAGGAGGCCCUGCGGAGAGUGACAGAGAACCUGGCCAGCCUCACCCCCAAAGGCCUGAGCCCAGCCAUGUCCCCAGCCCUCCAGCGCCUUGUGAGCAGGACAGCCAGCAAGUACACAGAUCGGGCUCUGCGGGCCAGCUACACACCAUCCCCAGCACGUUCCACCCACCUGAAGACCCCGGCUGGUGGACCCCAGACCCCCACAAGCACACCAGCUCCUGGCUCUGCUACACGCACCCCACUUAGCCAGGACCCUGCCUCCAUCACAGACAAUCUGUUGCAGCUCCCUGCCCGGCGCAAAGCCUCAGACUUCUUCUAGGACCAGGCCUAGACUGGGCUUAGGGGAGUUUUGUGGAGCCUGCGGGACAGGUGUUCACCCAGCAGAGGACUCCAGCUUCCUGGGAACCCAGGUCCGGGCCAAAAGUGUCGACUGCCCGAGGAGCCAUAGAAGAAAGGUGCUGCACUGGCCAGGCUGGCACAGGGCUCACCGGCUCACACAGUUCUGGGCAUGCAUCCCAAGGCCUUGCUGAUACUGCUUUCUAUUGAACUCCUGUCUAUUUUUAUUUAACUGUCAUUAAAAAGCUCUCGUGCAGUU